AUGUCACAGCAAUCAGCUUCGGGCCGCAUCUGGUCUCAGAGUCUGACGCGGAAGAAGUAUGAGCUGACGGCGUUGCUGGCUUUGCUCGAGCGUAAACGCAAGAAGAAACUCAACAAUGUAUCUCAAAUACCCAUCAUCACAUUGGACGAAGCAGUUCAAAACUGGGAUCUUCAAAGCUUCCAAACCGCUUUGGAAGCUCUUGCCCAGCAAUUCUCCCAAAAGAAAGUCCCAGCGCUGGCGUCAAAAUACCUCUACCCCAGCCUGGACCAUGUGCGAUCGUUUCAUUCCGGAAUCUCGUCUGCAACCCAGUUCGAGCCAACUGCUGCGCUGGUCUGGGGUAUUCUUCUCGUUGUGAUCCAAUUAAGCCUCGCGUGCGGCUGCAUCUUCGCAGAAUCCAUUGAAGAGAUCAUAUCUCAGCUCGGCGCCCUUCAAAGCCUUCUACCUUUCCUCGAGAGAGAUUUGGGCCUAUACCCAAAGAUCAAGUCCGUUGAGCUCAGCUUGCGGGCCAUUUUUGAGGACUACAUUGAUUUCUGCUUGGUUAUUGUCCGACAUCUAGCUAGGAAGCCGGUGUGGGCUCUGAUCAGAAACUUUACUUCUUCUUCGCUGCGCACAACGCUUAAGAAGGCAAAGGACAAGUUGAAGAGUGAUGUUGCCGAUUUUGGCCUUGCCGUUGAUUCUGCGGAGCGCGCUCGAGCCAUCCAAAUCCACGAUGCACUCAUUCAAUCACAACAGCUGUUGCUCCGAAAAAAGAGCUCGAAUAUCGUUUCGGAUGCCCAAUCGAAAGUGCAGUUCCCCUUUCAGCACAUGAUCAUUGCCCGAAAUCCUGACUUCACCGCCCCUAGGCAUUAG